AGAUGCGGUUCAUGCUGCUCUUCAGCCGCCAAGGCAAACUGCGCCUCCAGAAGUGGUACUUGGCCACCGCUGACAAGGACAAGAAGAAGAUGGUGAGGGAGCUCAUGCAGGUGGUCCUGGCCCGCAAACCCAAGAUGUGCAGCUUCCUGGAGUGGAGGGACCUCAAGGUCGUCUACAAGAGGUACGCCAGCCUCUACUUCUGCUGCGCCAUCGAAGGGCAGGACAACGAGCUCAUCACGUUGGAGCUGAUCCAUCGCUACGUCGAGCUCCUCGACAAGUAUUUUGGCAGCGUCUGCGAGCUGGACAUCAUCUUCAACUUCGAGAAGGCCUAUUUCAUCCUGGACGAGUUCGUGAUGGGGGGGGAGAUCCAGGACACCUCCAAGAAGAGCGUCCUCAAGGCCAUCGAGCAGGCGGACCUGCUCCAGGAGGUGAGGAACACCCCCUGGAGACCCCUAUGGACCCCUAUAGACCUAUAG